AUGAACAAUAAAACUCAAGUCUUCAAACGGGCUUGCAACCUAGACCACAGUUUGAAGAAAAAUCCUGAAAAGCUAAAACAGAUGUGUGAAUUUAUGGAAAACAUAUUCAACACAGGAGCAGCGGAGAAAGCACCAGAGGUAGCCAGGGGACAUGAGUGUUGGUACAUCCCAAUAUUUGCUGUGACGCAUCCUAAGAAACCUGGCAAAGUUCGUGCUGUAUUUGAUUCUUCGAUAGUGUAUCAGGGAUGUUCAUUGAAUAAUGCUCUUUUGUCAGGACCCAACUUGACAAACAACUUGCUAGCAAUCUUGUUACGAUUUCGCAAGGAUUUGUGUGCUAUAGCAGGAGACAUCCAGCAGAUGUUUUACCGUUUCUUUGUAAACGAGAGAGACAGAGACUACUUACGGUUCUAUUGGUGUGAGAACAACGAUCCACAUUGUCAAAUGGUAGAGUACCGUAUGACCGUCCAUGUGUUUGGGAAUCGGCCUUCCCCUGCGGUGGCAACAUAUGGGCUUAGACGGGCAGUACGAGACGCGGAUCACGAUGUAGUCAACUUUGUACACCAGGACUUUUAUGUUGACGACGCAUUAAUGUCUAGACCUACUCCUGAAGAAGUGAUUGACUUUAUGAGACGAACUCAGAAGGUACUUGCUGAAGAGGGGAAAAUAAGAUUGCAUAAGUUUGUGUCGAAUGUACAAGAAGUGGUGGAUGUAUUUCCUCCAGCUGACUUGGGAAAGGACGUUCAGGACUUGUCGAUUGGUGGGGAUGAUGAUGUAGUUCAGCACAGCCUUGGAUUGGCUUGGAAUCUGAGAUCUAACUGUUUCGUCUUUCAGAAGCCAGAUGCUGAUGUUCCCUUCACUCGCCGUGGAAUUCUCUCAAGGGUCAACAGUAUCUUUGACCCCAUUGGCUUUCUGUCUCCAGUGACAAUAUGUGGUAAGAUGAUUCUACGUGAGAUGUGUACAGGGAGUCCAAGCUGGGAUGAUCCUCUACUAGAAGAGUACCGAGAUAGAUUGGAGAGUUGGAGUAAGUCGCUUGAUCAGUUAAGCAGUCUACAUAUUCCCCGGAUGUUCGUUCCACAGUCGCUGAGCUUAGCAUCAGACCCACAACUGCUGAUAUUUUCCGACGCAUCGGAAACUGCGAUUGCAGCUGCAGCUUACCUGAAGGUGAAGCAUGACAUUGGAUUUGUCAUGGGAAAGUCUAAACUCGCACCUCUAGCAGGGCAUAGUAUUCCACGUCUGGAGCUAUGUGGUGCUGUGCUGGCAGCGGAAAUAGGAGAAUUUGUGUCAGAUCACCUCCCUAUCGCUUCGUCAUCAAUCCAAUAUUUUACAGAUAGUAAGGUUAUAUUGGGAUACAUAAAAAACAGGACAAGACGAUUUUACAACUAUGUAAGUAAUAGGAUUGCUAGGAUCCAUGCUGUAUCAACCCCUAGAAAGUGGAGCUAUGUGCCCACUCACCUGAACCCGGCCGAUGCAGCGACUAGGGGAUCAGUUUCUGACAUUAGUCAUAUGUUAGACACAUGGUUUGUUGGACCAGUGCAGUUUUGUUCAAGGUUCGCUUUGAACCUAAGGUUGAAUACCCACUCAUCAGCCCUGAUGACGAUAAGGAUGUUCGUCCCGAAUUGA